CAUUCAACACAAAUCAAUCCAUCCCCAUCACACCACCCUUGCCGCGCCGCUCUCGUCCAAAACCCAGCGGCCACGGCGAUAUCUCCUCCCCCUUCCCUCCGCCAGCCGGCGGUGCCGAUGCACCGCAUGGCUCGCCUCCCGCUGUUGCCGGCUCUAGUACUGGCACUCGCCUCCGCGCUGGCCCCGUCCGUCGUCGCCGACCCGCAGGCCACGCUGCUCAACCUGGGGUGCAGCCAGUACAACGCCACGCCCACGGCCGCCUUCCUCGUCGCCCUGAAUUCCACCUUCGCCCAACUCCGCGCCAACCUCUCCGCCGGCGGCUUCGCCACGGCGUCGGAGCCGCGCGCCGCCGCGCCGGCGUUCGCGCUGGCGCAGUGCCGCCCGUACGUCACCGGGAGGGACUGCGUCGUCUGCUUCGACGCCGCCGCGGCGCGCAUCCGCGCCUCCUGCGGUGCCGCCAACGGCGGGCGCGCCAUCCUCGACGGCUGCGUCAUACGGUACGAGAGCGCGGCUUUCUUCGACCAGUCCACGCUCCCCGGCAACACGCAGCUCUGCAAUGGCUCCGCCGUGGCAGGCGGCGGCUUCGACGGCGCGGUGCGAGCGCUGAUCGGCGACCUCGCGGCCGCGGUGCCGCGCGCCCCGAGGCUUGCCGCGGCCGCCGCGGGCGCCGGCGUGUACGCGAUGGCGCAGUGUGUGGAGACGGUCGGGGCGGGGGGCUGCGCGCAGUGCCUGCAGGUGGCUUCUAGGAACAUUGGCGGCUGCUCGCCCAAUUCCGACGGCCGCGCCGUGGACGCCGGAUGCUUCAUGAGGUACUCUGAUAAGCGGUUCUUCCCAGCUAAUGCCACGGUAGACCUGGCGGCAUACUUGCGCUCUGGAAAAUCAAGAGGGAAGGGAGCCAUCAUAGGAGGAAUUUUGGGAGGUGUAGCCUUCCUGUUGCUUCUAGGGUUACUAGCUUUGUUGUGGAUCCGUCGUUCUAGGAAGCUGCAGAAGCCUCGGAGAGGUGAUAUACUUGGAGCAACGGAACUACAAGGUCCAACCAGUUUUUACUAUCAUGAUCUUAAGGUUGCAACCAAUAAUUUCAGUGAGAAAAAUAAACUUGGAGAAGGUGGUUUUGGAGAUGUAUUUAAGGGUUUGCUGAAAAAUGGGAAAACUGUUGCAGUAAAAAGAUUGACAGUAAUGCAAACCAGCAGGGCCAAAGCAGAUUUUGAAAGUGAGGUGAAGUUGAUUAGCAAUGUUCAUCACCGAAAUCUUGUAAGGCUUCUUGGUUGUUCUCGCAAGGGUUCCGAAUGCCUGCUUGUUUAUGAAUAUAUGGCGAACAAUAGCCUUGACAAGUUCCUCUUCGGUGAGAGACGUGGAACACUUAACUGGAAGCAACGAUUUAACAUCAUUGUUGGCAUGGCUCGUGGCCUUGCGUAUCUUCAUGAAGAGUUCCAUGUGUGUAUCAUACACCGUGAUAUUAAAUCUAGCAAUGUUCUUCUUGAUGAUGACUUUCAGCCUAAGAUUGCUGAUUUUGGUUUGGCAAGGCUCCUACCUGAUGAUCAUAGCCAUCUCAGCACUAAAUUUGCAGGAACACUGGGUUACACUGCUCCUGAGUACGCAAUCCAUGGCCAACUAUCAGAGAAGGUUGACACAUACAGCUUUGGCGUAGUCAUUCUGGAAAUAAUAAGUGGUCGGAAGAGCAAUGAUACAAAGCUGGAGCCUGAAACACAGUACCUACUUGAAUCGGCAUGGAAGUUAUAUGAAAAUGAGAACUUGAUUAGCUUGGUGGACGAAUCGUUGGAUCGUGAAGAAUACAAGCCAGAAGAGGUAAAGAAAAUAAUAGAGAUAGCACUUCUGUGCACUCAAUCAGUGGUUGCUUCAAGGCCAACGAUGUCAGAGGUGGUUGUGUUGUUGUUGUCAAGAAAUUCUUCAGAAUUACAGCCCACAAGGCCCACAUUUAUUGAUUCAACAAGUAGAGUACGAGGUGAAACAUCCUCCUCAAGUUCAUCCUCUGCAUCCAGGGCCACUGUCUCUAUUUCACAGUUUUCAGCCAGGUAAAAGGCGUUGUAUUGCGUGUGACUGCAUUUUUCUUGUGUGAUAGUGAUUGAUUUGUAACUACAAUUGUGUGUAUAUAUUUUACAUAUCAAUGAGUGGAUGCGUACUUGUCAGUAUAUAUGAGAGCAGUGUAAUUGUUUGAAAUUCCUCU